ACUCCCUCCCCUUAAUCGUGCUAGAAGCAAUCAAAAUAAAAAUAUAAACCCGCGAGAAGUUCGUGUGAAAUAGAUGCUCAUGACGUUGCUAUGUCCAAGCGAAACAAUAUAACCUACGUCAAGCCGCAGGAACCCAGUUUUUUGGCCAAACUGAAGGCGGAAAUCGGCUACAAAGAGGGGCCCUCCGUCGACACAAAGCGCCAACGACUCGAAGACGAGGACCCAGCGGACACGGACUCUGGCGAGGAACGGCCAGAAAGGGAGGACGAACAGCCCCAGGUGGUGGUGCUGCAGGACGGUGAUCUCUCAGCUGCUGAGGCACUCGAGGAGAAACGAUUAGCCGCCAAAGAGCUUGCUGAGAAGCGUGCGGACUUGUCCCAACCCAUUGUCUUCAAGCAGCGCGUAAAGCAACCCAAAGUCGAGGAGGAGGCUGAUAAAACCAAGCCCAAGAAGAGCAAGAAAUCCGAUAAGGGAAGCAACAAAUCCAAGGCCGCCGCCAUCAGCAGCAGCAAAUUGUCGUUUAACGAGGACGAAGAGGACAACGAAGGCGGAGAGGAUUAGGCGAGUCCUUUCAGUUAUCCAGUUCCAGCUUCCAGUUACUGUGCAGUUCCAGCCCCCGUCCCGCGAGUUGAGUUUGUUUCCAGUGAAU